AGGAUUCAAUAAAGAUAAGGUAGAAAGCGUUUUGCACCGUCAGAUGGAUUCGUCAACUGAUCCAACGGUUAUGAUCAUCUCUCCAAGAUCAGCCAGCUCCAUCUUAUAAGUAAUUGCAGCAGAUUUUUAACAAGACAGAAGUGUCUUUGUAUCUAACGAAACGUCACUGUAACAAAAAAACACCGCCGGAGAUGGCCGCUACUCCCACCGCCGCCGCUGCUUCGUCCAUCAUGGGUACUCGGGUGGUUCCCGACAUCAACUCCGGUUCAGGUAGAAUCACAGCUCGUUUUGGGUUCGGAAAGAAGAAGGCAGCUCCGAAAAAGACCAAGACUGUCGUGACUACGGACAGGCCUCUGUGGUACCCAGGCGCCAAAUCUCCUGAGUGGCUUGACGGUUCCUUGGUUGGAGAUUACGGCUUUGAUCCUUUCGGUUUAGGUAAACCGGCCGAGUAUCUCCAGUUCGACAUAGAUUCACUAGACCAGAAUCUGGCUAAGAACUUAGCCGGAGACGUGAUCGGAACCCGUACCGAAGAGGCCGCCCCCAAAUCGACUCCGUUUCAGCCGUACAGCGAGGUGUUCGGAAUCCAGAGGUUCAGAGAAUGCGAGCUGAUUCACGGACGGUGGGCCAUGCUCGCCACUCUCGGCGCUCUCUCCGUCGAGUGGCUCACCGGCGUCACUUGGCAAGACGCCGGAAAGGUGGAGCUAGUGGAUGGAUCGUCCUACUUGGGGCAGCCACUACCCUUCUCCAUCUCGACGUUGAUAUGGAUCGAGGUGUUAGUGAUCGGCUACAUCGAGUUCCAGCGCAACGCCGAGCUUGACUCUGAGAAGCGUUUGUACCCUGGUGGCAAAUUCUUCGACCCGCUUGGUUUAGCGUCUGACCCUGAGAAGAUGGCUCAGCUUCAGUUAGCUGAGAUCAAGCACGCUCGUCUUGCCAUGGUCGCCUUCUUGGGUUUCGCUGUUCAAGCCGCUGCUACUGGUAAAGGCCCACUCAACAAUUGGGCUACUCACCUCAGUGAUCCCCUUCACACCACCAUCAUCGAUACCUUCUCCUCCUCUUAGAAAUCUUUUCUCCUUUCUCAUCACUCAUCAUCUCAUCUUAUAAUGUAACUUUGUUCAAGUAUAAACAGAGGUUUUAUGAGACUGAAUCGCGUUUGCCUUUUAAAAUUGGUUUUGGGCUUUUGUUCUUUUGCUCUUUUAACCUGCUUGGCCCAUGACAC